AUGAAGAUCUUCAAUUGGGUUCAGAAGAGGUUUCAUCACAUGAUCCCUAAAGAUGGGGUUGCCGGAAAUGGGGAAAAGACUGAACGAGUGAGUAAUACCGAUCAGGACACGCAAGCAUUUCUGAGACAAGUUUCCCUUGUGGAGGGGCUUGAUCAUGGAUGGAGAGAUGGCAUUCUAACAAUAGGGACCUUUGGUUUCGACCCCCUAAAACCCUUCAACAACCAAAAUGACUACACGGUUUUGGAGAGCGAGGAGGAUGGUAAGGAAUGCCAAGAACUUACGCAUGGUGGUGAUGAUUGCGACAAUGAUGCAGAUACUGAUAAUCUCGAGUAUGAAGAAAUGAACCCUUUGAUGUUUACAACAUUUGGACACAGUUUUGAGGAUAUGGGAUCAAACUCUGAGGCCAUUGUUGCGGAACCAGAUGUGAUUUUGGCCAUUAAGGGGUCUAAUGAAAUCACUACUGAACCUGACCACGAUUCUGAGAGUGAUCUAAUGAAGAGCAAAGGUGAAAGGAUAACACUUGCUGAUUUAUUCAUGGCCGAUGGUCACGAUUUCCAAUCGCAGCUCAACUCUUGCAAGGUUCAGCUCCAGCCAGAGUUGAUGAAGGAGAAAAUGAACACUCGAACAAAGAAUGGCGGCAUGGCAUUUGCCAAGAAGCUCAUUCCUCGUGUCAAAGACGACUCAACUCCAAUCAAGAACGUGCAACGACUGAUGAGGAGGAUGUUGAAGAGGAAGAUCCAUCCAGCAGACCUUGAUGUCAAGAAGCCCACAACUGCAGUUGAGCUUACCAGUACCAAUAUCGAAACUGAUGCUUCUGAAUCAGUUUCUUUGCUUCCGAUCCAAGGUGCCACUUCUGUGCAUUGAAUAAAGGCCCUCUGCAG